UCACUCUCUCUCAAUCUCUCACUCUCACCCCACUCCCUCUCUCUCUCUCCCUCUGUCUCUCACCUAACUGUUUGGUCCCCUGUGUGUUUGUGUGUGUGUGUGUGUGUACAAUGACUCUUGGGACGAUGGACAACGUGGAGGUGUUUGACGCCGGGGUGAAGGGCCGGGGACUGAAGGCCACCCGGGACCUGUUGGCCGGGGACGUGGUGUUCGCUGAGCCCAGCUUCUCCGCCGUGGUCUUCGACAGUUUGUCCACUGCGGUUUGCCACAACUGCUUUCGGCAGCAGGCCAACCUCCACCGCUGCGUUCAGUGUAAAUUCGCCCACUACUGCGACCGCACCUGCCAGAUCGCCUGCUGGAACGAACACAAGAAGGAGUGUGCCGCCAUCAGGAGCAGCGGCAGCGCGCCCAGCGAGAAUGUCCGCCUGGCGGCGCGCAUGCUGUGGCGCAUCCAGAGGGAUACGGGGGUGGUCUCGGACGGUCAGCUGACCUCGGUGGACGAGCUGGUGGACCACGUGUCCGACCUGACCGACGAAGACCGCGAGGAGCUCCAGAUCGACGUCCACAACUUCAUGGACUUCUGGCCCAAGAACCCCCGGAAGCCGCAGCCAGUGGAAUACAUCUCACACAUCUUCGGCAUUAUCAAGUGCAACGCCUUCACCCUGAGUGACCAGAGGGGUCUUCAGGCUGUGGGCGUCGGCCUCUUCCCCAACCUGUGUAUGGUCAACCACGACUGCUGGCCUAACUGCACCGUCAUCCUCAACCACGGCAAUCAGUCAGCCUUGAACCCUGCCCUCCACUCCAAGAGAAGGAUUGAGUUGCGUGCCCUGGAGAAGGUUGCGGAGGGUGUGGAGCUCACAGUGAGCUACGUGGACUUCCUGAACCUGUCUGCCGAGCGCCAGCGCAUACUGAAGAAGCAGUACCACUUCAACUGCACCUGCAAGCACUGUACCGAGCAUAUUAAAGAUGACCUGAUGAUGGCCGCCAAAGAGGGGGAGGGAAGCAAACCAUCUGCUGAGCUCAUCAAGCAGGUGACCACCGCCAGUGAGGAGUGUCUGGAGAAGGUGGCAAAAUGCCGUCUCCAGGGAGACUUCCAUGGGGUUGCCAGGUUGUGCGGGGAGUGCCUCUCCGCCCAGGAGAACGUCCUGGCCGACACCCACCUUUAUAAGCUCCGCCUGCAGAGCACCGCCAGCGAGGUGCUCUCCUACAUGCACGCCUUCGCUGAGGCCGCCGCGUACUCCCGCAAGACCAUCGACGGAUACAUGGCGCUGCAUCACCCCACCAACGCCCAGCUGGGCAUGGCCAUCAUGAGGGCCGGCGUGACCCACUGGCACGCGGGCCAGAUAGAGGUGGGCCACGAGCUGAUCUGCAAGGCCUACGGCAUCCUCCUGAUCACCCACGGGCCCAACCACCCCAUCACCCAGGACCUGGAGUCCAUGCGUAGGCAGACGGAGAUGGAGCUGAAGAUGUUCAAGCAGAACGAGGAGGUGUACCGCACCAUGAGGGAAGCGGCUCUGAAGAAGCAGCCAGCCAAGGCCAUGGCAGAGAACACCUCCACUGAGGAGAAGAUGGAGGACGUCUCCCGCAAGCAAUAAACUAACCACGCUUUUCUGUGAAUUUACAACCACGCUCCCAUCUUCUUUAGGACUUAAGCGAUCACCUUAAGGCCCUUUGAACACCUAUUUUCGCCCCUCCUAAUACACCUCUGUGACAAAGGUCUGUGCUCUGACUGGCUGGCUGGUGUACAUUGUUUUUGAUGCACUGUUCUGGAGCCUCAAAACUCCGGUGUCUGUACCAACGUUGUGGAGUGUGGAGCUGCAAUAAUAAAAGAUGAAAGUUUGCCGUUUAUAAACCGUGUUGUCUCAAACCGUGUUUAUUAGUGUUCCAGUUCAUUUAGGGUCAAGGGUCUCUUUCAAUUCUUGUUUUUAGCUCAAAGCAUUAGUUCAAACAAAGUAUGCACACGAUAAUUGCCUACUUUAUUAUUUUGAACAUAAGUUUCCCUCUCAUUGAUGCAUUUAUUACUUUUAUUUUUACUUAAUAAAAUUGUGCAAUUAUUCAUGAAAAUCCUCUAAUCCCUUUUUUUGCAGGUUGAAUCUUGCCUCAAACAAGAAGACGAUUGUAUUAACCCAACACAACUAAAUAAGGGAGGUUUAUUCAGGCUAUGCUUGUAUGUGAACAUUGCUAACAAAAGUCGUUUUCGUGGUUGAAUGGACGCGUUGAAUAGUUUAGCAUUUACACCCAACCCUUUUGAAUGUAAGGCCUUUUCACGUGGCUUUGAAAACAUAGUUCAUUAGGUUCAGCGGGUUUAUUUUGCAAAAUACAAAUUCCAAUGUAACCCAUGAGCUUACUUUGGGAUGUCAUUUGUUUUCAGUUGAUCUAAGCCUCUGUAUAUAGCAGAGGAGGCCGUUUGAACUGAUGUGGAUACAGCAGCAGCAGCAGCAGGACCUUUCGACACCUGUGGAGCCCCAGGACAUCGUCCCCUUGAAACGCUUCAACUACGCGAGCACUGCCAUUGGGCAGUUCCUCUCUGCUCUUAUUUGUGUCGCGUUUUAAGUCAAUUUAAUUUGAAUCUUAUCUAAUAAGUAAAUCAGAAAAAAUAUUGGAAUAUUCCAAACAAAAAGGGUCUGGUAUGUACAACAUAAAUGACGAAUGUGAGAAACAGAACCAACAAGUUACUAAAUUAAACUUUACGUAUAUGUCCUGGUAAGGUAUUGAACCGAAUAAACAAUAACGU